GGUGUCGCCACACACUAUCGCUCAGAUCGACUGUGUUCGCCGCUCGCGAGCGGAAAAGCAUUUCAGUUGAGUGAGAUCGGCGGCUGCCUUGUUCGUAGCGAUACGGAAAACGACGCCAGUUUUUAAUUUUUAGGAAAAAAUAUCACACAUUCAAGCAUGACUGAACAAGUGUUACCUCCACCGGUGAUGUGGGCGCAGCGAAAAGGACUCGUCCUUGUCACGGUUAACUUAGAGGAUGUGAAAGAUCCAGACAUCAAAUUCACAAAAAACUCUGUAUACUUCAAAGGCACAGGCGGCGUUGAAAAGAAAAGUUACGAAGCGACAAUUCCGUUGUUUGCCGACAUCGACCCGGACAAGAGCAAGUUCUGGAAUCGCGGGCGUUGCAUUGAGCUGAUGUUACAGAAGGCCGAUGAAGAGCAGCCCUAUUGGCAGUCCCUCACCUCAACCAAACAAAAGUUGCAUUGGGUAAAGUGCGACUUCAACAAGUGGCAGGACGAAGACGAGAGCGGCGAUGAAGGUGUCGGCGGUAUGGGCCCAGGCGGCAGCGGUGACUUCGAAGAGAUGAUGCGGCGGAUGGGCGGACUCGGCGGUGCCGGUGGUGGCAUGGGCAUGGGUGGACCCGGCGACAGACCCAACUUUGAUGACCUCGACAUGGGCGGCAGCGAAGACUCCGACGAUGAGGAGGUGCCCGACCUGGAGUAGGCAUCACCUCUUCGCGUCGUACACAUUUCAUUUUUGGUUCUCUUCGAUGUUAAUAACGCGCCAAUCGUUUACAACCGCGCCCGUUCAUCGCGAAGGUACACAUCUUAUUAUCAUCUUAUUAUUAUUUCAACUUGAUUUUUUUGUCUCUUCAUGCUACUUCUAUUCUCUUCCACAUCACGUUUUUUGGUCACAAUUUUCUCGCGUACGGUAAUCAUUCGAUUGGUUUCAAUAACGUUAAUCGAUGCUAAUCGACAAAUUAGUAAGUAAUGCGUAUCGCCCGCGGGGCGGAUCGCGUGCGUGCAGCCGUAGGAUAAACCGUAAUAUCGCAAACAAUUGAACAAAUGGGAGAAGGGGUGGGAGAGGGCGGGACGUGUUCAGGGCAUGGUAUAAAGUGGACUUGAGUUCUUCAUAAUUUUAUAAAUAACAAUAAAAUUGUUUUGUCCAAAGAGAAAAUGAAAACAAUGCCAAAUA